AUGGCAAAAUCCGUCAACACGUCAACAAUCCUGAUAUGUCUCUUUGUGUCGUUCGGGGGGUUCCUCUUCGGCUACGACACAGGAUUGAUCUCGGGGAUCCUCGAGAUGCGAGCAUUCAAGGAUGACUUUGGCCCCGGCAACGGCGCCCAAGUCGCCUCCCACAUCAAAUCCCUCCUCGUCUCCAUCCUCUCCGUCGGAACCUUCGUCGGAUCCCUUGUCGCCGGGAUGCUCGCCGACAAGUUCGGCCGUCGUAUCGCCAUCAUGCAGUCCGCUGCCGUUUUCAUCGUCGGUGUCUGCUUGCAAACCGCGGGGCAUAAUUUGGGACUGAUGCUCCCGGGAAGGCUGAUUGCGGGGAUGGGCGUGGGGUUAUUGUCGGGGUUGAUUCCGCUGUAUCAAGCGGAAGCCGCGCCAAAGCAUCUCCGUGGGACCCUCGUCUCAACCUACCAGCUCGCCAUCACAAUCGGCAUCCUCGCCGCCUUCGGCAUCAACCAAGGCACCCAAAACAUCUCCGGCCGCGCCUCCUACCGCACCCCAAUCGGCCUCCAACUCUUCUUCGCCUCCGUCCUCCUCAUCGGCAUGAUCUUCCUCCCCGAAUCCCCACGCAACCUCCUCCGCCAAGACAAACGCGACGCAGCUCUCCGUGCCCUUUCCCGUCUCCGCGGCCGCCCACCGCACGACCCUCUCAUCGUUGACGAGAUGCAGGAACUCGAGUCGAAUCUGGCACUCGAGGCGCAGAUCGGAGAGGCGCAAUCUUAUGCGGACUGUUUCAGGGGAAAUGCGGCGAGACGCACGCAUAUUGCGGUGUGGAUCCAGAUGUUCCAGCAGUUGACGGGGGUCAAUUUUGUGUUUUAUUAUGGGACGACGUUCUUCAAGCAGGCGGGGAUCAAGCAGGCGUAUUUGACUUCGACUAUUACUGGUGUCGUAAACGUUCUCUCGACAAUCCCAGCUCUCUGGUGGGUCGAAAGAAUGGGCCGCCGCAAGCUCCUCAUCCUCGGCUCAAUGAUCAUGCUCGUCGCCCAACUCGUUGUCGGGGUCGUCGGGACCGCCCGCGCGCCUACUUUGGACCCCGUCACCGGCGACCCGAUUGGGAACGUCGAUUCUAACGCUGGGAUUGUGAUGAUCGUCUUUGAGUGUUUGUUCAUCUUUGGAUUCGCCUCCUCGUGGGGUCCCGCCGCGUGGGUCGUCUCUAGCGAGAUCUUCCCAUUACGUCUCCGGUCGAAGGGUGUAGCCCUCGCGACGGCCAGUAACUGGUUCUGGAACUGGGCCCUCGGUUUCUCCACCCCCUACCUCGUCGACGUCGGCGAAGCCAACCUCGGCGCCAAGAUCGCGUUCCUGUGGGCAGCGUUCAUCCUCGCCGGCGGGGUGUUUGUCUACAUCUUCGUUCCAGAGACUAAAGGUCUCGCUCUUGAAGACGUUGAUGAGAUGUUCACCUCCGGCAUCUCCGCCCGCAACUCCUCAAAAUACAUCGUCAAGGACAAACACAACCCGAACCCGAACGCUAACCGUCUCGCGGGCGCCAAAUCCGAUAUGACAUUGGAUGAAGAGCCAAGAGUGUAAAACACCACACUCCCACCCUCACUCCGCCCUUGAUAUCCAUCCCAUCCCAUAUGUGCUAGCUUAAACAAAAAUAUGUGUUUUCUUUCCUUUUUUUGGGUUUCCGUUGAUAGCGGAAGGACUGUGCCUUUACUUUUCUGUGUCAGAUACCGCAUGUAUAGUUUUCCUCGCUUGGUCAUUUCUCUUAUGAUUUACUUUGUGCAAAAUGUCAUAUUUUCCAGGGACUUGUGAUGCAGAUACGGGUUUAGAUGGCGUGUGCGUGAUGCGUUGAUCAAGAAUGAUGGAGGAUGGUCAUCAACGCAUGCUCGAUUAUGAUUGGGUAUGCACAACGCCGAAGAUUACAGGUUUGCCUAACACUCAACGCAGGUCUUGAAAAAUCAGUCCCAAUCAUCGUCGUCCGCAGAAUCCUCUGCAGAAUCGUCGCGCAUCGUUA